AAGUACUGGGAUCUCUGCUCUAAUGUCUUUUCGGAUAGUUCGUAGCAGCAAGUUUAGGCAUAUUUUUGGGCAACAGCUUAAGCGUGAACAAUGUUAUGACAACAUUCGGAUUACGUCAAACUCAUGGGAUUCCAGCUUCUGUGCCGUGAAUCCAAAAUUUUUAGCCAUUGUGAUAGAAGCAGCUGGAGGAGGUGCCUUUAUGGUUCUUCCACUUUCUAAGUGUGGAAGAAUUGAACCUAAUUAUCCUCUUGUAACUGGACACAGAGGGCCUGUCCUUGAUAUUGCUUGGUGUCCCUUCAAUGACAAUGUUAUUGCCAGCGGAUCAGAGGAUGGGAUUGUGCGAGUUUGGCAUAUUCCGGAUGGAGGUUUAGUUCGCCCUCUGACGGACCCAAUCGUAGAACUCAUUGGUCAUCAAAGAAGAGUUGGUUUAAUUUUGUGGAAUCCUGUUGCUAAUAAUGUCCUUUUAAGUGCCAGUGCUGAUUUGAAAAUUUUGAUUUGGAAUGUUGGUACUGCUGAAGUCCUUUAUACUAUAAAUCACCCUGACCUUAUAUGGUCUGUAUGUUGGAACUGGGAAGGAAACAGAUUAGUUACAACUUGUAAAGAUAAGAAGAUAAGGAUAUACAACCCUAGAUCUGGUGAAAUGGAGCAGGAAGCUCCUGGCCAUGAGGGUGCUAAGCCUCAAAAGGCAAUAUUCUUAAGGAAUGGACUUCUUUUCACGACGGGUUUCUCACGUAUGAGCGAACGCCAGUAUGCUUUACGAAGCGAAGUUGCCCUUUCAGAACCUAUCAUAUUAGAAGAAUUAGAUACAAGUAAUGGAAUUUUAAGUCCAAUAUAUGAUCCUGAUGUAAAUCUUUUAUAUUUAUGUGCCAAGGGGGACAGCAAUAUUCGGUACUUCGAAAUCACAGACGAACCACCGUUUGUGCAUUACAUAAACACAUAUCAGUCCACAGAACCUCAAAGAGGUCUUGGAUCUAUGCCAAAGAGAGGUUGUGAUAUUCAUCAAUGUGAAAUUGCACGGUUUUAUAAAUUACAUUCAAGAGGUUUCUGUGAAGUUAUUACAUUUACUGUACCUAGAAAAUCUGAACUUUUUCAAGAUGACCUUUAUCCAGACACACUAGCUGAUACUCCUGCCAUGUCAGCUGAAGAAUGGGCAAAUGGUAAAGAUGCUGAACCUGUGCUAAUGAGUUUAAAGGAUGGUUAUAAACCCAAAGCACAGGAAUUCAAGCUAACGAAAAGCAGGUCAAAUAUUUUAGACAGAAUGCCUACAAAGACAAGAGAGAAGGAAACUGUGCCAAAAGAAAAAUUAGACGAAGUUAUGGAAGAGAUUCGCAAACUCAAAAGUAUCGUACUUAAGCAAGAGGUUCGUAUCAGGGAUUUAGAAAAGAAAAUGGAAGAACCAAAAAUUCCGCAACCGGAGAUACUUCCAGAAGAAAACAGCAAGCAAAACCAGGUUAAUAACAAUCAUCACGAGCCUGUUAGCAUUCUUGUGGAUGAAGUCUAAAUGUGAUCUCCAACAGUUUUUAUAUAUAAGGACAUUGCUUUGAUCCACAAUUUUGUAUGCAUUUCAGAUCUAAAGCUGCAGAGGCAGAUGUAACACAUUUUCUUUUUUCUCUUUCCAGUCAAAGUAGCUCUUUGCAUCAUUUGCAGAGAACGUUGCUAUGUUUGGAAAGUUAUUUUUGUAAUAGCUAUCUCACGAAAGCUGUGUGAUACAGAAAAGACUGCUAAUUUUCAUAUUGAAAUCUUAAGAGGCAAAGUUUAUUUAAAUGCAUGUUUUUGAUUAGUGAUUUAAAGCCAUAUGUUAUUGCCUUCAAGUUCUAUGCAAAUAGACUGCUCAAGUUUCUUAGUAUUUUCAUAUUUGAGGAUAUCAAUACAAGUAAGGUUCAUUCAAUAUUUAAUGAGCCUUAAUUAUUUUUUGAAUAUUUCUUUAAAUUUUGAGCAAAAUAUGUAAAUAUCUUUUGAAAGGAUAAUAGCUCAUGUUGUAAAUAUAAUUGUAGUAUUUAAUGAACAAAAUAUAUUCAAAGCACUUUUGACGUUUGUAUGAUGUGUGAAUAAUGUGAGUAAACUAGAACCACAUUUGAAAGAAGUGCCAAUACAAGUCCAUGUCUUUUGCACUGUCUGUGUACACUUUUAUGUAUCAGUCUAUUUUAUAAAAUAAAUUUUUGCAUGGUAGGUAUGUAUUUCAUAAAUUAUACUUAAUAUUUAAAAUUAAUAUUCAACUUGCACUAGCAAUGAGCAUUUAUUUUUAUAUAUUGAAGGAAGUAAUACAUUUUUUCUAAGAAAUUUAUUAUCAGAUGAUCCAUUUUGUAACAAAAUUGUUAUCCUUCUUUAUCAAAAGUAUUUACCCACCGUAAAAAACAUGUUUUUGCAGCAAGUGCAGUAUUAUGUAAAUGAUGACCCACUAUUUAUUCGACUGCCUUGUGCAAAACAUGCUUAUCAUUAGUUUCUCUGGAUUUGAUAAUCUAAAAUGUGUAGGUAAAAUUUAAAUAAAUGAAUUUUAGAGUGAAAAAAAUAUUUAUUUUAUGAUUUUUCUACACCUUAUCUACUGAUUCUGUUUGAUAUUUUUAGUUAUUUAUUGAUAAGUUUUAGUUUGAUUGUGUGCUAGCAAAGGAUUAAGAACAAAUAAAUCUUUCUGGAAGUGCAGUUUUAACAUAGAGUUCCACUAGCUGUCUCAUUCGUUGUAUAUAAGUUGGAGUUGAAGCUGUAAUGUGUUGUUUGUGAAUACAGAAAAUUUCCUAAUGUUGGUAUUUUGGAUUUGCCUAUUUGAUACUAACACAUAAAAUUAAUGAUAGAUAUUUUUCAAAGUGGAAUGUUAACUGUUUUCUCUGUUAACAGGGAAAGCAAAUCUGUUUUAAGAUUUUUUUUUUAAUAUCACUUUGUAAUAUUAGUAUAAGAUUUACUUAAAACAAUGAAACCACGUGAAUCUCUUAUGCAAUUAUAUGGUUUUUUAACUUUUGUAUAUUUACAACUCUUGUAGAUUUUUUAAUAAAGUAGUAAAUAGGCUGA